ACUAUAAAGGUCAGUGUCUUGCUUAAGACAUUCUAGUAUUAUGAAAACAAAAAAUAUAAAAAUUUAAGCUAGUGUUAUAAUUUAGAAAUGGGAAGAGCUCCUUGUUGUGACAAAAGCAAAGUUAAGAGAGGACCAUGGUCUCAGGAUGAAGACAACACUCUCAAGAAUUAUCUUGAGAAAAAUGGUACUGGUGGCAAUUGGAUUUCUUUGCCUCAAAAAGCAGGCCUAAGAAGAUGUGGAAAGAGUUGCAGGCUUAGAUGGCUCAAUUACCUUAGGCCAGACAUCAAGCAUGGAGGGUUCACUGAGGAAGAAGAUGAUAUCAUUUUAACUCUCUACAGUCAAAUUGGAAGCAGGUGGUCAGUGAUAGCUGCAAAUCUACAAGGAAGGACAGAUAAUGAUGUGAAGAACCAUUGGAACACCAAGUUGAAGAAAAAGCUUUUGGCAGCUCAAAACACUAAUCUUAUUAGCAACAGCUACAAUUUCACCAACAAUAUUAUUUCUAGUGAUUUCAAUCACAAUAGUUCAAGAAAUUACUAUGGGAUAUUGGAGCCUACUUGUUCUAUUGUGGAUUCCAACACAUUCACAAGUCAUAUGGACCCAAAUUUUAUCAAUUCAAGUUGUCAAUUCCCACUUCCAGCCUUGAUGGAAAUUCAAGAACAUGAUGCAAUAAUUCAAUCAUCAGUUCAACAAGAUGGUUAUUUUAUGGAUUUUAGCUCUGGAAUUCCAUCAACUUACUAUGAUAAUCUUGUAAAUGGCUUUGAUUUUCAAGAGAAUGCUAUGGGAGCUGAUGAUACAAAUUUCUUUAGUUCUUCUUAUUCCACCUUGGUCCCGCUGCAGGCUAAUAAUAUUCCUGACGUGGAUGAGUUUGAUUUUCAAAGGAUUUGAAAAUUAGCUGAGGGGCAAGAAUUAAUUUAAUGAAUAAUAUGGCGGAUAAGUAGGGUUGUUGUAGUCAGAUUUGCAGUAUUAAUUUCCAUUUAAGGCUGUUGCAUGUUGGACUUUAGGUUAGAUAAUGUUCUGUGUAUAUGACUCUUAGUCAAGAAUAUUAUUGAAAUUAAUUAUCAUAGUUAUAUA